AUGUUAUCUGAGCUUGAAGCUUUGACAAUAGAUCUUGUCCUAGGAGUUGAAUUGGACACUCAGGCAUAUAUAGGAACUGAUGCUGAACAAGAUGGCCCCCUAGUGUGCAAUUCCUGGACCCGGGAUUCGGAAUUCAUCGAUGGGACACCCCGAUACCCACUGCGCAGAAGCCGAUUGUCUCCUGGACAAAAGGUCUUCCUGGCAUCAGAGAAAAGAACGAAGAAAGUGGUGGCUUUGAAAAUUGUGAGAAAAAGAGACCUACUCACUGAAGCCCCAGACAGGAUACUCGCUGAACAACGCGUGCUUCAGAUGGCAGCCGGAAGUCCUUUCCUAGCCAAAGGCUAUGGAGCGUUUCAGACCCCGAUUCCUUGCUGCGGAGAUAGCGUGCGGGCUCCAAUAUCUCCAUCGACACGACAUUAUUCAUCGCUACAUUUUUACCUCAGAUCUUUAAUCAACUAUAAAGCUUAUGAUAUAUCGCUCUACAGAGACAUAAAGCCGAGAAAUAUAAUGCUGGACGACGUGGGCCACAUCAAGAUUGGAGACUUUGGACUGGCGUUAGAGAUGCACAGCAAGAAGACAGCAAAGGGAUAUGCAGGCACUGAAGAUUACAUGGCUCCAGAGAUGCGAAAAGGAAAAAAAUACAACGCUGCAGUAGACUGGUGGGCCUAUGGUCUCAUCUUGCAUAAGCUGGCUAAGAGAGCUUUCCCAAAAAAUCCAAGUGCUGCCCAAUCAAUGCUUCGUGACACCACAAACCACCAUGAGUGUCAAAGAAAUCACGUAAAAGAUCUCCUGAAAAAGCUCCUGUGCAAAAAUCCAACUGAGCGAUUGGGGGCAGCCAACAACAUCCGAGCUCACCCUUUCUUCCAGUCCAUCGAUUGGGAUGAGCUAGAGGCUGGCAUGGUAGAUCCCCCCUUCGCACUAAACACACCAUCACUGGAGAGUUUAAUAUCUAAAGUAAUAAAGGAGACAACAAUUUCGACAUAUGAAGCAUUCACUCCACCUAUUCCAUCAGAAGAGCAGCAAUUAUUUAUUGGAUUCUCUUUUAACAUCCUCUCCCAGUCUACUGCAGCAUUGUGA